CUAACUUUUAACUAUUUGUUAAUGACUCCGAGGUAUAAUUAUUUAUAUAACUUCAUGGACAUGAAGAUUUACGGCUUGAAAUAAAUCGAUUUAAUAUUUAGUGGCUUAAAAGCAUUAUUUUCCCGUUCUGUCAUUUGUGAUCGCAGAUCACGUCAUUCUGUGACGUUACCCUAUACACGCCUUCUACUGUGCCUUUAGAUCCACGAGCAAGGCACUUUCCCAGCAGCAACAGUCUCACACUCUCGCUCAUACUCACACACAUACACACGCCAGUGACGUCAGGCUGGAGUUUGGAGUAGAAAGCCAAGUGGAUGAAGGAAGUGGAGAUCUCCUCCCUCUACACGCUGCCUCCCCCUGACACUUCUCAUAAAUAUUACCGAGGCUUAUUUGGGGGGACUCGCACCACAAAGUCACAUCGUGUCUUGGUUUGGAAAAGCUUUCAUCUGUCAAAAUUUCCAAAAACUGAUAUUACUCACUAAGUUUCCCCGCUCCUCGCUCCAGUCUGGCACAGUCGGACGCGCUCCGGGCUUUUCCUGCUGGGAACUUUGCGCACCGGCUGUUGCGCUCGGAGCCGCGGCUCCUCGUCUGACUCAGUCCUCAGGCUUCAGUGCGCGUCAAGGCGCAAGACCGCCGUGCGCCAUAAUGUGCCAUCGAGCGUCGUAACCUCUCCACGGAGCGGAGAUUUACUUUGUCAGGUUGAAAAGACUCGGGACACUGACUGGACCGUCUGGACAAGAACCUCAACAGGUGCCGAGAAGACAAAAAGAGUGAGAGCUCCAGCAUUUCUUCUUCUUCUUCUCUCUGAACUGAUCCAUGAUGAGCAAAUCCGCCGGCUCAACAAGUGGCUGUUUGGAUAUUCUGAAUGUCAAAUCAAGUCGGAUCCUGGACAUCCCGUGCAAAGUGUGCGGUGACCGCAGCUCAGGGAAGCACUACGGUGUUUACGCCUGCGACGGCUGCUCGGGAUUCUUCAAGAGGAGCAUCCGCAGGAACCGGACUUAUGUCUGCAAAUCUGGCUCACAGGGCGGCUGUCCCGUAGACAAAACUCACAGAAACCAGUGCAGAGCCUGUCGAUUGAAGAAGUGUUUGGAAGUGAACAUGAAUAAAGACGCUGUUCAACAUGAGAGGGGCCCCCGGACGUCCACCAUCCGUAAACAGGUGGCCCUGUACUUUAGGGGCCACAAAGAGGUGAACGGAACCUCCACACAUUUCUCUGGAUCUUCUCUGGCAGGACCUCCCUUCUUCACCACCGUCACACAACUGGAACCUCACAACCUGGAGAUAAGUUCUGUGACUACGACCCCAGAGAGACAGGCCAUGGUGGGUCUGGCUCAGCCCACACCAAAGUAUCCCCACGAAGUCAGCGCCACCCCCAUGUUCCUGUACGAGGUGGCCACGGAGUCCGUGUGUGAGUCUGCGGCGCGUCUGCUCUUCAUGAGCAUCAAGUGGGCAAAAAGUGUUCCAGCCUUCUCCACGCUGCCUUUAUCUGACCAGCUGAUUCUGCUGGAGGACGCCUGGAGGGAGUUGUUUGUUCUGGGCAUCGCGCAGUGGGCCAUUCCCGUGGACUCGACCACUCUUCUGGCCGUGUCUGGACUGAACGGCGAAAACACAGAGAGUCAGCGCAUGAACAAAAUCAUCUCUGAGAUCCAAGCACUGCAGGAGGUGGUGACCAGAUUCAGACAGAUGCGUCUGGACGCAACAGAGUUCGCCUGUUUAAAAUGUAUCGUCACGUUUAAAGCCGUUCCCACGCAUGGCAGCACUGAACUGAGAAAUUUCCGCAACGCCAGCGCCAUCGCCGCACUCCAGGACGAGGCGCAGCUCACACUCAACAGUUACAUUCACACCAGGUACCCGACUCAACCCUGUCGCUUCGGCAAACUUCUCCUGCUCCUCCCUGCUCUCCGCUCAGUCAACCCGUCCACCAUUGAGGAGGUGUUCUUCAAGAAAACCAUCGGAAACGUUCCCAUCACCAGACUUCUUUCCGACAUGUACAAGUCCAGUGAUAUAUGAGUUUCCAUCACUCUAUGGUGACAUGGAGAAAAGGCCGAGAGCUCCAGAGUCCUGCAGCCGUCAUCGACCGUGGAAGUCACGGUCACAGCAGAUGUUACAAACAAAGAUCUUCACCACAGGCUGUUCAUAGACUUCACUAAAACAGAGACUGCGCCGCCGUCACAGUAGCCUGUUUACAGUCGCUCUAGUAAAGGAUUGGUCUGUAAUUUUCAUUGUAGAAAUGACUUGAAAUGAUCGCGAAAGCUGCAGUGAGAAACGAAGUCUGUUUUCGGCGAACUUUUGUCAUCGGCGGAUAAAGACGCGUUUGAAUAUAAAGAAAAUCUCGGAAGACCAAUGAGCUUGAUGACCAAUUAAAUCUUCUUAUUGCUUUGUUCAAUCGCCAAUUGGAAACCAAAAACAAAGAUGGCGCGGGUGUAACGGAGCGACGUGAGUCGCUGUCCCGUCUUGCAGUGCUGAAACCAAACGCACGUGCAGGACAACAUGUGGAAAUGACAACUCAGUGAGUGAAGACUUUUAAAGGACAAUGUUAAAAGUACCUUAUUUGAAGACGAUGUCUGUAUUUAAGUGGUUUCCGUCCUGUUUGUGUCGGUGUGUCCCGUUUUAAGAAAAAACAAAAACAAAACAAACAUUACUUUAAAUGUGAGGUUAGACACUAACACUGGAUUUAAAAAAAAAAUCAGCACUUGCGAAUGUUAUUUGUGAGUUGUGGUGUUUUUAUGCUGUUGUAAAUAUAUCUAGAAUUGUAACUGAGAGAAUAAAAUAAAGUGAAGUGAACCUUUUUUUCAUUCAAUAUUAAAUCUACCAGUGGACGGAACUCAGUGUUGAUGCCUGCUGACAGAGAGAGCUACCGUUUGGCCACCCUGGUUUGGAAGAGACUAAUCAAAUAUUGGUCUCCCUGAUUCCUUUAAUACAGAGCAAAUAUUUUCAACAGAGAGUAAUUGCUAUGUAUUAUAAUAGACAACACAUUUUUAAAACCACCAAUCUUAUUAAGUGUUCUCAGCAGAUUUAGCAGCUUCAGGUAAUCCAAGUAUUGUUUGUCACAAUUUGUUAAAAUAAGGUCAAAUCUGGAAUUCACCUUCCAGUUAAUCAUCAGAAACACUAUGUACACAAAGUAUACUUUUAAAUCAAGAAGAAAUAAAAAAC